AUGAUAUCGGCGCUCAUCCUUUCCUUCGCCCUCUUCGCGUUCUUGAGACUCUGUGUCAGCAUGACACUGCAUACGCGCUCAGAUACCGCAUUUGGUCUAAUCUCGCACGAUGUUGCGUAUCAUCUGUUGUGCGACCAAGGUACCAGUCUUCCUCUCAGCCCGUCUGUUCCUCGCGCCUGCUUCGAGACACGCUGGUAUAUCGCCUCAAGUUUGAGUAAUCCUAUCCCUGCGAAGAUGGACGGCUUCAUCGAUGGUAGUGGAAAGCGUUUCAUGCUCGAACCUGAUGCCGUGGUGACUUUGAAGAAUUACGAGAUUCAUGUUAACCACCAAAAGGAGAAAGCUAUCAAGGAGCAAGAUCAGAGCUGUGUGGACGUCGUGGUUUAUCUAUUGCCUGAGCGAGAGUCUACAGUGCGUGAGAGCUGGUGUCCUGGUCAAUCCCACCCAAUCGUACUCUAG